AUGGCGCCCUCUGCAGCCGUUGAUCUGCUCCCUACUUCGUCAAUCCCGGCUUCUACCAAGUCGCAAGCUGUCAACGCCAUGUCGGCGAUGGCUCACCGAGGCAAAGCCCUCCCGUUGAUCCCGAAAUUUGCCUCCCAUGCUGAGACGCGCCAGUGGCAGCUGGAACACAUGGCCGGGGCCUUCCGCGUCUUUGCUAGCGAGGGGUAUGCAGAGGGUAUCUCAGGGCACAUCAGUGUGAGAGAUCCGGAAUACGAAGAUCGAUUCUGGAUCAAUCCCUUGGGCGUCCACUUUGGGAUGCUAAAGGCUAGCGACAUGAUAUGUGUCGAUCUGGAUGGUGAGGUUACCGGCGGCAACAUUGCUGGCUCGAUCAACGCUGCUGGAUUCCAGAUCCACAGCGCUGUGCAUCGUGCCCGGCCUGACGUCCAUGCCAUCUGUCAUACGCACUCUGUUUAUGGACGGGCAUGGUCGGCCUUCUCGAAGCCGCUCGAGAUGCUGAACCAAGACGUUUGCUACUUUUAUAAUGCGCACUCGGUCUACACCGACUAUGGUGGUAUUGCCAACGAGGCCUCGGAGGGCCAGAAGAUUGCCGCCAGUCUGGGGACAGGGAAAGCUGUCAUUCUGCUGAACCAUGGGCUUUUGACUGUGGGCCAGACGGUUGAUGAGGCAGCGUUUCUGUUCUGUUUGAUGGAGAGGAGCUGCAAGGUACAGCUCGCAGUCGAGGCUGCCGGGCUCGAGAAGCACCUUGUGCCCGACGAGGAGGCAGAUUACAACUUUAAGAUGGCAAGCACUCCGCCUCAUCUUAAGUACGAAGAACACAAGUGCCGAGGGGACUACAAGGCCUAG